AAGGUUUUCAGACGGUUGAUAAAGCGUCUGCAGCUCCUGUCGUCUCUGAUUUCAAUGAUUUCAGAGUGAGGGGAAUCACAGGCAUGAGCUGAAGUCAUUCACUCAUUCAUUCACUCAUUCAUCUGCAGCACAUUUAAUCCUUUCAGGGUGGCAGGAGUCGGGAGCCAAAUCCCAGGGUGCACCGGGCAGAGGGCCAACCGGCCAUUCACAGAGACCUGUACUAACAUCCUGUUCUGGGUCCGUUUGGAGUCUCCAGUCCAGACUGAGCUGAGUCUGUGACUCCAGGAGGCUGAAGCCAAGAAACACCAGAGUAUGAAAUGAAUGAAUGAAUGAAUGAAUGAAUGAUGAUGAAACUUUGGGGACAGAUUGAAAAUUUAGACUAAGUCAGAUCUGUAUUUGGGUCUUUAGUCCAGUUUAAAGAGGCGAGGACCGUCUUCAGUUGGACUACUCUCCUUGACCCGGGUCUCUUCUAUCCAGGUGUUGCUUCCUAUGUCACAUUUAUGCUGUUAUACUUCCUGGUCAACGGACAGUGUGUAAACUACUGAGCAUGUGCAGAACCUUGAGUCAACUCUCAGUCCAUAAAAGGUCAUAAAUCAAAGUUUUGAACAUCAUCGAAUCAGGAUAUGAAGUUAUCACUUUACCAGCACGGACAUGAUAACCUGUGAGGAGGACCAAACGUUCUUCUGAAGUUAGCCUGACUUAGCAGUUACACAGUUUAUCCAUGUUACAUUAAAGGGAUAUUCUGGAGUUAAAUUAAUUUAGUGUCAAACACACUGUAACACCGAGUUAGACCCCGCCUCCAGAGAUGAAUGUUGUCGACCGCUUGCUUCUCUAGUUAUACCAACUUUAGUAACAACCGCAGGAUAGAAAUACAGAGAGCCACGCCCCAACCAAAACGCCACUCUAUAGCCACAAAUAAUGCUCAGAACAGCACCUAACUUCAUCAACAGGACAUAUAGGGUCACAGACAUAGACAGACAAUAGCAUAUAGGGUAGCGAGACCUCAGACCAGUCCAUUAUGGACUACAGCGGGGUGCCGCAGCUCAAGGAAGAACAUUUAUGAUCAUUUCUUCAUGGAAAUACAAUCAGACCGAGACGCUAAGACUGUAAAAUGAUUAAUAUGGUGAUUAUUACUUCAAGGAAAUGAUAAAGAAAUGAUCAUAAACUCAGUGUUACGGUGUGUUUGACCCUAGAUUAAUGUUACACCGGAAUAUCUCUUUAACUCUGUCUGAUUUGACCUUUUUUCCGACUGUUUUCUUCCCUUUUUUGCUACAAAAAAGUGUUUGUUUUUGAUCUUUCUGGUCCAUCUGAGAAUUUCGGACUUACUUCAUCCAGCCUGUGUAGAUCUCAUGAAGGUUGGAGCUCUCCUCAGAAGUUUCCACCUUUAAAUAAAAAACAAUAACUGUGAGUUAAGUGAACAAACAACAUUCGAUUUCAACCAUGUGUUCAGACAAAAAUCAUCACAGACAGAGAUGUUCUGGACCGGCACUGACGGGGUUGGACCGCACUCCUGAAAAGCCGAUUAAGAUCGCUGUAGGACAGAGAAGAAAAGGGUGAGCUCAAAGGAAAGAGCUCAUUUCCUGUGGUGUAGGUCUGCCCGCUCUCUGAUGCUCCAGGAAAUGAAUCUCUGCCGCCGUUUGACUAUCAAUGACAGACUCGGGAUAAAGAGAGUUAUUCUGGACUGACGUCUACAGAACAAGACGUCUGUGGGACAAAUGACAGGGAAGGUAGUUUAGAGUUUUGACCUUUUGGUGAAAAACAACAAUUCAGGCUCAAAAUCAGCUGAACUACACGUCAGAAUCAACCCGCCUAGCUUGCGCGCUUGUUCUCCCAACAGGUUCUAAUCAGACGGCUGAACAGACCCCCACCCAGGCAUUUCAUAGUGACAAGUAACUGAAAUAUCCCUUUAAACUCUGUUUGGAUGGCGGUAUUUUAAAUCAAACACUUUAGAGCGGCUCAAGUUUCAUCCAGACUCAAAAAUACUGAACUUUGACUUUUCAGGACAUCUCCGCCUUCCUUAGAUGGACCGGCUGAUGAGAGACAGGGGAGUGGAGGGCGGGGGGGACACGAAGCCAAGGGUCAGAGAGGAGAGGACUUCAGCCUCUGUAUGUGAGGCGCUCUUUGACUGCUACGCCAAAGCGGCGCCCCAGAAGAAAGAAAGAGCGCCAAGAAACACAAUGAGUUCCCCAAAGGUUUUCACAUCUGCUGUGUUUGAACGUUUCUGGCUUUACAGUCGAGUUUUGAGUCUUUUCCAAUCGAAUCCUUUAAGAACCAUCAACGCAGCAGAUCCUUAAAGCUUCUGAGUGAGACUGAUUUCAUUACAAAGAUCCACGCUGAGGACUUCAGCGGACACGGAACAAUUGUCCAUCAGCUUUUGGUUUUAAACUAUUUCUGUGGUAAUUUUUAGCGGCUAAAACCACUAGCCUAGUCUUCGUGAUUAAAACACAUUUUAUCGCAUUUUCAUUCAUAAAGAUUGUUAGUCAGACUUUUAAAAUUAAGCAGGGUGUGAUUAUUCUGGUUAUAACACUAAUAACUUCAUGAACGGGACUAAAUCAGAAAGAAAACUAAAGGUACGGUUUUGUCCACAGGAGGCGCCAAAAUCCACACUAGGAGCUCUAACAUAGACUUACGGUGUGUCCCAAAUCUUAUACUUCCAUACUCAAAACUUGGAGUAUACUCAACUCAAAAUGGAAAAUAGUAUUGAUAGUUUGUCUUAAUCUGUAAAUAGUAAAAACAGGAGCACAGUGCGAUAGAUAGAUAGAUAGAUAGAUAGAUAGAUAGAUAGAUAGAUAGAUAGAUAGAUAGAUAGAUAGAUAGAUAGAUAGAUAGAUAGAUUAGCUUCCUGUAAUGUUAUAAAUUUCAAAUUAAAAGUCCAUAAUCCCCCUAAAUACUCAAACGUAACUGUUUUUCUCUAAACUUUAACCUGUAAAAUGAAUCAUAGUAAUUUUCUGUUGAUGGACAAACUAAUUAAACUGGUGUUAGUUUCAGCUCCAGCACUUUUAGAAACAGAAAUGACAGUUUUAAUCUCUAAAUUCAGCUAAAUGUGUGAAGGUUUGGGCCUGCAGCAGCCAUGCAGCUCCUGUAACAUUAUGUUCUUUCCCUGCAGGAGGCCGGAGUAAGGAGCCAUGUGCUCAAACACACACACGAACACACUCACACAUGCAGAGAGAGGGGGAAGGUGAAGCAGAAACAGUCUCUGCACUCAUAUUUAUAUUUAAUUCAUAUUCUUAUGCAACAUGUCAGACCUCUCUGUCCUCUCUCAGUCUGCAGGAACCCUUUAAAACCCUCAUUUAGAGUCGAUCAUGGAGACAGACAUCUCCUCGUGUCUGCUCCUCACUGAAGACAGCAGUAAACCCUGAAGACCCAGCUCGGACCCUCACCUGAGAAACGUGUUUUUCCAGAACUUUCGCCGCUUUCUUGAACCCGCUGCUCUUCAGGUGUUGGUAGAUGAGAGACAGAAGAGCGUCGUCCUCCUCUGAAGCCAUGCUGUCCGGGCGGACACUCUCAGACAGGGAUCAAAUCUGGAAUAUUAUUGUCCACUUAUUAACAGUUCACCUCAUGCUAGCUAUCCAGUGUGUGUAGUGAGAGCACUGACGACGAC